UGAAACUCUCUGGGAAAUCGCAAAAGCCGAAGUGGAAAAACGAAGUAGUGGAAGUGAAGGUGAUGGACUUGAAAUUGGAGAAAAAUCUGUUUUCUUCAUUGGAAGUAAAAAUGGGGGAAAGACUACUAUUAUUCUAAGGUGUCUUGACAGCCAAAAGAUAUUGCUCACUUUUGGGAACUAGGUGGAGGAACCUCCUUAUUGGAUUUAAUCAGCAUACCAAUCACGAGUGAUACCUUACGGACAUUUUCUAUUGUUCUUGUUUUGGAUCUUUCAAAACCUAAUGACCUUUGGCCCACCAUGGAAAAUCUGUUGCAAGCCACAAAAAACCAUGUAGAUAAAAUGAUAAUGAAACUGGGGAAGACAAAUUCUAAAGCAGCGUCUGAAAUGAGACAGAAGAUAUGGAGUAAUAUGCAGAAGAACCAUCCAGAUCGUGAAUUAGUCGACCCAUUUCUAAUACCUCUGGUCAUAAUUGGAAGUAAAUACGAUAUUUUUCAGGAUUUUGACUCUGAGAAGAGAAAGGUUAUAUGCAAGACCCUUCGAUUUGUUGCACAUUAUCAUGGAGCAUCAUUAAUGUUUACCAGUAAAUCAGAAGCUCUAUUACUAAAAAUACGUGGAGUUAUCAACCAGUUAGCAUUUGGUAUUGACAAAAGCAAAUCAAUAUGUGUGGAUCAGAAUAAACCACUGUUUAUCACAGCAGGAUUGGAUUCUUUAAGUCAAAUAGGAUCUCCUCCUGUUCCUGAUAAUGACAUUGGAAAGCUUCAUGCCCAUUCACCAAUGGAGUUGUGGAAAAAAGUGUAUGAAAGGGUCUUUCCACCAAAGAGUAUCAACAUGCUGAAAGAUACCAAGGACCCUGCAAGAGACCCUCAGUACGCUGAAAGUGAAGUUGAUGAAAUGAGAAUUCAGAAGGAUCAGGAACUGGAACAAUAUAAAAGAAGUUCUUCCAAGUCUUGGAAACAAAUUGAGUUUGAUUCUUGAACCUAAUUC